CUGCCAUCCUUAGGAAACUUUGACAGAACAGCACCAUCUGACGGUGAAAAUUAGAAUUCUUUGACAUUUUCCGUUUUCCUCUUCCUGUGGUUAUUUAAUAGUUUGAGCCAAGAUAUUUUCGCAAAAUUCGCGAUGGCUCUGAGAUUACUGAGUAAAUUGAAUGUGCGGCCUGAGCUCCGUGGUGUCGUGAACCUUAGUUCUGCAGCGGCACCAGCGACCCUUUCAGAUUUCGAUGUGCAACACAAAACUCCUGUGGUCAGGAAGCAGCACUUAGUCCCGAAGGCUCACUAUGGAGGCCGUCACGCAGUCACCAUGCUCCCAGGAGGAGGAAUCGGUCCAGAAUGCAUGGGCUACGUCAGAGACAUUUUCAAAUACAUCGGAGCCCCAAUAGAUUUUGAAGUUGUGGACAUUGACCCCAAUGUGGACAACGAUGAGGAUGUACAGUAUGCCAUCACCACUAUCAAGAGGAAUGGAGUAUGUCUUAAGGGUAACAUUGAGACCAAGAGUGAGGCUGCCUACGUGACCUCCCGUAACAUUGCCCUCCGCAACUCUUUGGACCUCUACGCCUAUGUGCUGCACUGCAAGUCCUUCCCCGGUAUCACCACCAGGCAUAAGGACAUUGAUUUACAUAUUAUCAGACAGAACACAGAAGGUGAAUACGCCAUGUUGGAGCACGAAUCAGUGCGAGGGGUCAUCGAAUCCAUGAAGGUAGUCACUGCGAGCAACUCCGAGAGGGUGGCGAGGUUCGCAUUUGAGUUUGCCAAGAGGAACAACAGGAAGAAGGUGACAACCGUCCACAAAGCCAACAUAAUGAAGCUCUCAGACGGUCUUUUCCUCGAAACGUCCCGUCGCCUCGCCAAGGAGUACCCGGACAUUGAACACAACGAUAUGAUCAUCGAUAACUGCUGCAUGCAGCUUGUGUCCAAACCGCACCAAUUUGAUGUCAUGUUGAUGACAAAUCUGUACGGGUCCAUCGUAUCAAACGUUGUUUGCGGCAUCCUUGGCGGAGCUGGUCUUCAUUCGGGCAGGAACUACGGCGACCACUAUGCUGUCUUCGAACCAGGCACCAGGAACACCGGUACGGCCAUAGCCGGCAAGAACAUUGCCAACCCGAUAGCCAUGAUCAACGCUUCAGUGGACAUGCUCGAGCAUCUUGGACAUCAUUUCCACGCAGAUCUGAUCAAAGCAGCCGUCGCUAAGACCAUCAACGAAGACCGCAUCAUGACUCCAGACCUAGGAGGAACAGCUUCAUCGACGGACGUCGUCAACGCCAUCAUCGAAAACAUCGAUAUGUGUAUAAAGAACAAAGUGUCUUUCCAUUAGAUCUGAAAGUUUGAGCUGAGAUAGUGAAAUCAGGUUACUAAAUUAUUUUUUGUAUGUUUGCUUGACUUUACUCGCUUUUAUUUUGAUU